AUGAAAAUCUGGGAACAAUACCUCAAGCGUAAAAGGGCGCUCUUCCGCACACAGUACCAAACCCCAGCCGAGCUCUUUGACAGUGCGUGCGAAAUAUUGAUCAAGUGUUUCGCUGUGUGCGGUGGCGAAAGAAUGAAACCGGGCUACACACGCCGCAACGCCCGGCUAAUCUUUCUGGUGACCGAUCUGAUACUGUAUCUGUUCGUGAACGUUUACUCGAUCGCGAUCGUCUGGGGUUCGCUCAUGGAUGUGGUGUUUUGCUUUGUCACGUUGGGGGUCGCCAUACAGGGCCUGGCAAAGAUUGAGGCGUUCACCUGCCCGGAGCUGAACGAUCUGCAUCUGUACAAUGUGGCCCGGUUUAAGGUGGUUCCACGUUUUCCGGAAGUCAGAGAAGCCCAUCUCCACACGGCCGCCAUGUGCCGGGUGUUUAUACAAAUUCUUGCCGUGGCAUUCUCGAUCGUGGCGAUUGCCAUCUACUCGUACGCCAUCUUGAUACCGCUGACGGAGCGUAAGCUGUCGCUUGCGUUUGGAUUCUAUCUGCCCUUUCUCGACUACGGCACACCGGUCGGUUUCGCCAUCAACUGGGUGUACCAGUUCAUACAGGUGUCGGAGGGUUGCAUCGGACUGAUGGCGUGUGACAGUUGCCUGCUGUUUCUGAUCGUGAACGCCACGGGACAGAUGGAUGUGGUCAUUAUCUAUCUGCGCCGUCUGACGGAGCUUAUCGACAGCAAUGGAUCCGGUGAAAAUGAUGAGAAAAUUGCCGAUCUUCUCAGUGAUAUUGUGCAGACACAUUUGGAACACACCAAAUAUGUUACGGACAUGGAUAAACUACUAAAAAAACAGUUCUUUAUUAACUUCAGCUGCAUCAUCUUUGAGCUAGUGGCAUCGCUUGCAAUUGUCGUUAGGGUACGAACUGACUUUCCAUGGUAUCCUGGGAUGGCAGUUUGUUUGAUUUGCACAAUUCAGCUCUUCGUCAGUUGCUCAUUGGGAACGUUCCUUUCUUCUAAGAAUGAUAAACUUGUUGUGGAGAUAUACAACGUUAACUGGUACGGUCUAUCGACGAAUCAUCAGAAAACCCUGAAACAGGUACUGCUCGCCUCACAACAUCCGAUUGUACUCUCGGACGGCUUCUCCGCCAUUGAUUUGUUCAACUUUGUGGAGAUAUACAAGAAGAUUUAUUCCUACCUGAUGGUUUUGCAGAACGUAUCCUAA